AUGCUCGGCGUCUAUGACCAAUGGGGCCGACGGUACGCAUGUACAGUUCUUCAGCUUGACGCCGUUCAGGUAGUGCAAGUGAAAAAGGAGGCGACGGAUGGAUACACUUCGGUGCAACUCGGGGCGGGAGAAAAGAAGCUGAAGAACGCCUCUCGACCUGAACGAGGCCAUUUGGACCGUUGGAUUGAUGGACACGGCACCGCAGCACCCAAACGAAAACUCUGGGAAUUUAGAGUGACGCCAGAUGCGCUCAUGGCCCCAGGCACCCCGGUGUUAGCCCAGCAUUUCGUGCCUGGCCAGCUGGUGGAUGUGGUCGGGACAAGCAAAGGCAAGGGUUUCCAGGGCGUCAUGAAACGAUGGAAUUUCAAAGGACAAGGGGCAUCCCACGGCGCGUCCCUUUCUCAUCGAUCCUUGGGCUCUACGGGACAAAAUACGUCCCCUGGCCGUGUCUUCAAGGGGAAAAAGAUGCCGGGUCGUCUUGGAGGAGAGAGGGUGACUGUGCAAAACCUCUGGCUGUAUAAAAUUGACACGGAGAGAAACCUCCUGUACGUGAAAGGGCACGUGCCAGGACCGAAGGGAACCUACGUGCGAGUCAGCGAUGCCAUCAAAGGCGCCCAUUUUCCUGUGCCGCCCCCCGUACCCACGUUUGUGCCCGAGGCAGGCAUCGCCUACCCGGGGGAAAUCACGGCGCAACUUCCAGAAGCGGAUCCUUUGAUACCGCCAGAGGGGAGGGACGAUGAAUAA